ACAAGGAAAUGGGCGUUUGCUGAAGCUGACCCCAAAAAAAUCCUCCAAUUUACUGGUGAGCUGAAAAGAGCGGAGAGCAGCAACAGACCUGAAUAAACACGGCAAGAGUCCAUACAUAGUAUAUUUGCCUCUGCUGGAUUUGGAUCACAUUUGGUGCUGUUUAUCACCAUGGGGUCCCUUCUGGUGUUUGUCACACUGCUUCAUCUCAUCACACUGGCGGUUCUCUUCAUCGCCACCAUGGAGAAAUCCUGGUGGGUUUGGGACGGCAAAGAACACUCGGACCUCUGGUACAACUGCAGAUUUGACAAUGAAACAGAGGCAUGGUUCUGUGCAUCAUCAGAAGACACGGAGUGGCUUCAGGCUGUCCAGGUUCUGAUGGUCCUGUCAGUGGUUUUCUCCGCCAUUUCAUUCCUGAUAUUCCUGGGACAACUCUUCACCAUGUCUAAAGGAGGACUCUUUUACCUCACCGGCGUCUGCCAGGCAUUUGCCAGCCUCAACACCUUCACCGCCGUGCUCAUUUACACUCUGCACAAUAAAGAAAUCCUUCAGGACUCGCGGGAGUUGAGCUCGGGACACUUCGGCUACUGCUUUUACUUGACGUGGGUUUGUGUACCAAUGCUCCUGUGCAGUGGAAUCAUGUACAUCCAUCUGCGCAAAAGAGAGUAGAAACGAGUCUCCUAAAAAAACACAAGCCAUGCGAAGAAUGUUUGCUGUUGAUAUACUCCACUGAUUGAUUAUAUACUUCAUGAUAGCUUACAAGACAUUCAUUUUUCGAUUAUUUAGACUGUAUUUAGCCAUAUAUAAAUAUACAAAGCUGAAAUACGGCCGAGGAUCAGCCCAUUUUAGUUAACUCUUAAAGGGCAACUAUGACUAAUUUCUCCGAUUAGCUGAAUUAUAUCUAAUUUAAUAAUAAAAGGGGCCAACUUAAUCGUGUUUCAUACUGAAGGGAUACUUGUAAACAUUAUAGUGGUAUCCAUAUGCUAAAGUUUAAGACGUAUUUUUGUAAAUAAAUUCGAUUAAGUCA